GCAUGCGCACGGCGCCAUUUCAUGCCCUCGCUUGUGGUUGCAGUGAUACACCGCUCUGUCUUCAAACAGUACUGCGUCGAAUUUUAAUCAUUUUUAAUCUUAAACUCCCGAAUCAGGCAGACAGACGACUCGACCCGAAUAACACAGAAUGGAUCACUCGCCAACUACGAGCAGCCUGAUGGCGAGUAACGUGACCAACAAGACGGACCCGCGCUCUCUGAACUCGCGCGUCUUCAUCGGCAACCUGAACACCAUGCUGGUGACCAAGGCCGACGUGGAGGCCAUCUUCAGCAAGUACGGCAAGAUUGUGGGCUGUUCAGUGCACAAGGGCUAUGCCUUCGUCCAGUACUCGAAUGAGCGGAACGCACGUGCCGCCGUGGCCGGGGAGGACGGACGAAUGGUCGUUGGACAAGUGCUGGACAUUAACCUGGCUGGUGAACCAAAGCCUCACAGAUCAAAGACCAUCAAGCGCUCAGCAGGAGAUAUGUACAGUUCUUCGUUUGAGCUAGACUAUGACUUCCAGAGAGAUUACUAUGACAGGGUGUAUACGUACCCCUCGCGGGUGCCUCCUCCCCCUCCUCCCCUCUCCCGCGCAGUCAUUCCCACGAAGCGGCCGCGGGUCAGCGUGAGCGGCAGCCGCCGUGCCAAGAGCAGCUUCUCCACCAAGAGCAGCCAGAGAACCUCCCGCACCAUGAGAGCUGAUGAUCUGCAAACCAUUAAGAAGGAGCUGACUCAAAUCAAACACAAAGUGGACUACCUGCUGGAGAGCCUGGAGAGAAUGGAAAGGGAACACAACAAGAAAUCAGAGGUGAAGAGCAUUAAAGCGGAGGAGACAUCCCCCCAGCAUCCCAGCGUGAAAAAGGAUCGAGAGAACGUGGAAAUGAACGACUACGAAGAAGAGGUUGAUUUGGAGGAAGAUGAGAUCAAGAGUCGGGGAAGGGAGGAAGACGAAGAGGAGGAUGAAGGAGAACAGGAGGAAGGAGAGGACGAUGGAGACAGCACUAACGGGGACCACUCUUAAACCGCUCGCUCUUAUGCAAAUACAGACUUUACGCUGAAAUAUGUGGGUGUCUAAAAUUACGCCACACGCAGCAUGCAUGCAUUCUGUUAAAUUCACAAAUCUCGGGCGAAUAAAUAAAAUAAAUGUACAAACGAGAAAUCAGAUCCUCUUCAGAACACAGCUACUUUUUCCGCCAUUCCACAUUUUUCCUAAUACAAGUCUCAGUGAUUUUUCUUUUUUUCCUUCCUUCCUUCCAUCCACAGGCUUUAAUAGAUUCCUGAUUGUUGCACUUCCAUUCCUAACCAGUCAGUGGCAGCAUCACUCACUAUUUCAGUUGUAAAGUUCAGCUGGAUUUGAUUCUAAACUGGUUUUAUGCGGUGAGUAAGUCUGAGGUCUCAGAUCACCCAUCAAAAAAAAAAAAGUUUAGUUUGUACAGUGUAUUCUUUUAAUUUUUUUUUGUUUUGUUUUGUCUUGGUUUGUUGAGUCUAGUGACAUUCAGUGGAAGUCUGAGCUUCAGAGACAUGUUUGUUGCUGUCGUUCUACUUCACUCGUUUUCUUUUUGUUCUGUAAUAAAUUUCAAUAAAAACGAUAGACGUUUUGUGCAACA